GUCACUGGACAAUCAGCAGACACAGGUCCCAAACAUGGCAUGUGCCCACUUGACCUAAUGUGGUCCCAAUAAAUAUUUUCUACUGACAGGCUUUACUCUACUUACUAUUGCAAACGCCGUGCAGGACUGAACUCAAUUUGGUCUUGAGCUGGAUUUGUUUUGCAUUGAACUCAUACAAAGGAGGAAUGGACCCUAUCCAAAGUAACCAAAGAGAAGAAUUUUUGCACAUAGAUGUGCAUUUGGAUGAGCAAGCACCUCAUGCUGGAAUCAUUAAGAUACUUAAAUCCUUGAGGCCACAAUGGAGAGCUGAGGACAUUCAAAUGAAGGUUUUCACAGAAGGCAUCACCAAUCAGCUGCUGGGCUGUUAUGUGGGUUCUGUGUCUGAGGAAGGCCUGGUGCUGGUGAGAAUCUAUGGCCAAAUGACUGAACUGUUUGUUGACCGGAAGAAAGAAACAGAGAUUUUGAGCCUGCUCCACGUGCAUGGAUGUGGUCCGGAACUGUACUGUACCUUUCAGAAUGGCAUGUGCUAUGAGUUUGUGAAGGGACGUGUGCUGGAUGACCCUCUACUCAGACAGCCUUCUGUCUACAGAUUGAUUGCAGCAGAAAUGGGGAAAAUACAUGCCAUAAAGCCUAGGGCAGUUGCAUCUCCUACACCAGUUCUGUGGUCAAAAUUAUCCCAUUACCUGCAGUUGCUCCAGAGUUCAGAAAAUGAUGCUCCUUUCUGCCAAAGGUCCAGUGUGCAGCAAAAUGUUCCAAGGAUUGACCUCCUACUAAAUGAGAUGGAGGAUCUGAAGAAACACUUAAAUGGAAUAGAUUCUCCAACUGUACUCUGUCAUAAUGACCUCCUAACUAAAAACAUUAUCCACAACUCAACUGAAGGUGUAGUAAAAUUCAUUGACUUUGAAUAUGCUGAUUUUAAUUACCAAGCUUAUGACAUUGGCAACCAUUUCAAUGAAUUUGCAGGUGUGAAUAAUGUGGACUAUAGCCUUUACCCAAGUCAUGAGCUGCAAAUGGACUGGCUGACUAUAUAUCUGCAGAGCUUAAGGCACUACACUGGAAGAGACUGUGCUAUCACCAAGAGGGAGCUGCAGGAACUUUAUAUCAAAGUCUGCAAAUUCUCUCUGGCCUCCCACUUGUCAUGGGGUCUCUGGGCUCUUCUACAGGCCAAACAUUCUAUUAUUGACUUUGAUUUCCUGAGAUAUGCCACAGCCCGAUUCAACUGCUACUUUGAGAAGAAGCAAGAUUAUUUCAUAAUGAAACUUAAUAUUUGAGUUAAGAUUAGGUUCAGAGUCUGACUGUAGCUAAGACUCUACAAAUCAGCUGGUGAAAACAACAAAAGAAAUCCUAAGAAAGUUCUGCCCACUGAUGCAAAAUUAAAAUCAUUUGAUGCACCCAUGCUACUAAGGUUAGAAUCUGGGGUGUAUUUUAUUCACACGACUGAAAUUAUGCUGUUCCAUGCUCAGCAACUGAAUGGAUUUGGAUAAUUAAUAUAUCUUCUGCUGUCACUCCUAAUUAAUUGCUAAACAUCAAAUAUUAACUAGCUUAACAUUAUACCAUCAAUAAUGUUAAUGGUAUAAUUACUGCAUCAUAGUAGGCAGUUACAAUGCUAAUGUAUAUCUAAUAAUAGUUCAUUUUGACAGAUCAUUUUAGAUUUUAGAUUAAAAUGGAGGUUUUUUAGAAUUUAGCAAAACUCUUCCAUUAAAAUUUCCAGGCUUAACAACUGAUAAAACACCAAUAGAAGUAGAGAAGUGCACAUAACCAGCAAAGGACAGUAUUAAUAGGGAGUUGAAUCAUUUGGGUGUCAGACAUUUGACAUUUGGCAUCAAAGGACAAAAAUAGCAAAUUUCUCAAAUUAAAUAUAAGAGUAACAAAAAUGAAUCAUGAUAAAUAAUUGAGGGUGUCAUUGCCUUUUUCAAUUUGACUCCAGAUUUCCAUUUUGUGAGAGUACACUGGCAUAUAUUGGUUGCCAAUUCACCUACAAAAUACAAUCUAAAGAUUUUUUAUUCUAAAGAAUGUUUUAUUAACUUACACUUUUGUGUGAAUCUACUGUCCUCUGCAGAUGCUGACUUUUAGAGAUACUGAAGCACAAAAUAAAUUAAUAUAAAAGCA